GAUUUUUGGUUUGAAUUUAGGAUGAUUAGAUACAAGCCAAAUCAUAGCCUAGUCUAGGCUUGCAACAGGAAAUUUUUGCGCGAAAUCGAAUGGUUUACCGAUAUGUUUGAAUUUAAGGGUAAAAUAUUCUAUGAUCAUAUCGAUCCGGACGAUAAGAUGGGCUUUACGACGGUGGACAACGAAGAGGGUUAUUUCAAUGUGGAGGGUUGUGCUGAUGAUUUUGACUGGCUGCCCGGAAUCAAAAAUCGACCAGAGGUGUACAUUCGUCUUCAUCAUUACUGCAAUUCGCCGAAAGGUGAAUUUCUAAAGGUGUUGCCACUGUUUCGUGUAUUUGUACCGCACACUUAUGAUCACCAUAUACGUUUCCCGAUCAAAUUGGAUUGA